AGCCUAUUUAAAAAGGAAAGGGAUGAGUCCAACGCUCCUGACUCCGUAACCCCCCAUCCAAAAGAACCCAGCUUUCUCUCCGGCUGCGCGGCCCUCAAUCUGGAUCGGCAUAAAUGAAUGAAACACAGGGGAAUAUCGACAGACAAUCGCACAGGAAAACUCUCUGUCAAACCAGCCUGCCAGAAGGAAUUUAUGUCGGGCUUGACAGGCAAUUCAACAUGAGUUUUUUCCUCUGGAAGUUCAUCUCAAGCUUGUCAAAUGUGUAAAGCGGCGACCGGUGUCUUUUGCCCCCCUUGCAUAGGAGUCACGCUGUGAUUAACGGAUCAGGUUUUUGACUGCCAGGACAAAUGAAUACAAAUGAAUUUAGGCACCCGAAGGAGAGAUUGCAGAACCUCUCAUCUAGACACAAAGAGAGCCCUAUUGCUCUGUACCGUUUUAUAUUGUACUUGUUACCUGGGACUUACACAAGUACACUCUGAAGAUGUGGACAUCCUCCAAAAGUUGGGGCUUAAGGGAGAGAAGCCGUCACGCUCGGUGCCAGCAGGGGUCAUUCCGUUCAAAUCAGGGAUCAUCCUCAACCAGCGGGCGCACAUUGAGGCUCCAUCGCGCUCAGUCUUCCCAGCGGCCUUCUGGCCCAACCUGGCACUGGUCCUGAGUGUGCGCUCACACCGUGUCAACAGUGCUUUCCUCUUCACCCUGCUCUCAGACCGCAAGAAGCUACUUCUUGGUCUGCAGCUUGUACCGGGCAAUCUGGUCCUUCACACAGGACCAAACACCUCAGUGGCACUGCCCUAUGAGCCCCAUGAUGGUCAGUGGCACCAGCUGGCGGUUGGAAUUAAUGGACAGAGAGUGACUCUAUAUGCCUCCUGCGGAGAGCAGAGUGUUCAUGCAGACUUUGGGUGGGACAGUGAGGAGGGACUGGCUCCAGAGCUCCAGGGCUCCUUCCUGCUGGGGCGGACAAGCCAGCAGCAAGCCUCCGCACACUUUGAAGGAGCCAUCUGCCAAUUUGACCUGGUCCCUUCUGCACAGGCAGCUCACAACUACUGCAGGUACAUUAAGAAACAGUGCAGGGAAGCAGACACAUACAGGCCUAACCUUCCUCCCUUGCUGCCAAUCCUACCACGAGAAACAAACAUCACAGCUACCGCUGCUGCCCCUAAUCAUGGUGGCCCAGAAACGGCCAGGAAGCCCAAGGGGCUGAGCCUUGCCAAGAGUGUUGCCGCUGCUGCUUCAGCUGUCAGAUAUGUGGCCCAAACAAUGAAGCCCAAGCCUGGGGCCAUUCCUACACCGCUGCUGGGAACUGUGAUGCCAGUCACAGUCCAGCUUGGUUUGGCCUCCCCACCCCUGAAGGCCAGGACCGAAACUGUCACAGCACCACUCAGGACAAGAGCACCCCCGACAAAACCACCAACCCCAAGGCCCUCCACUUCUAAAGCUUCAAAUCAGAAACCUUCCAAACCCACUCCCCCAAAACCUACUCCUCACAACAGUCCCAAAAAGACAACUGCAAGAACAGACAACAAGAAAAAACCUACUAUUCCAGCCACUACCAGCACCAAACCCUCCAAGACAAAACCUGACUAUGCCUUAUCAGACCAAGAUGCAGUCCCAAAGAAACCACAACCCACCACAGCCAAGAAAACAUCUCCCAAUCCUAAAGUUACAACAUCCAAAGCCACUCCAUCCAAACCCAAAGUAAUUUCUGUCAAAGUUGUGCCUUCCAAACCAACAGCAUCCAAAGUCAGCCCCUCAAAAUCAACAAUCUCCAAAACUGCAACUGCUAAAACCUCCAAGCCAGUCUCCAGACAGGUCACCAAGCCAACGAAGCCAGUCAAAACAACCAAGGCUCCAGUCACCCUGCCACCUACCAGACCUUCAUACAACACAGUAACACCACCUGCCACUGAUGGCUUCCAGAGCUGGGAGGUGCCACCUACUCAGUUCUCCCUGCUGGCUGGACCUAUAGGACAGAAAGGAGAGGCGGGCCCAUCGGGACUGCCAGGACCUCCGGGGAAGCCAGGCCAGCCAGGCAAGAGGGGUCCUCGGGGCGCUCCUGGUCCCCAUGGAAACCCUGGCCGAGCUGGUCCACCCGGGCUCAAGGGAAGAAAAGGAGACCCUGGCAUCUCACCUGGACCAGCACCUAAAGGAGAGAAGGGAGACUCAGGGAUUAUUGGCCCGGUUGGACUGAUUGGACAAGCAGGCCGAAAGGGACAGAGAGGUUAUCCUGGUCCGCCUGGACUCCCUGGAGAGCCUGGAGAGCAAGGUCCAGUCGGAAGCCCAGGUGCCAAAGGUUAUCCUGGCAGGCAGGGUUUACCGGGGCCAAUAGGACCAUUGGGGCCUAAAGGCGUUCGGGGUUUCAUUGGAAUCCCGGGGCUUUUUGGCCUGCCCGGGCCUGAUGGCGAAAGAGGAAUUCCCGGUGAACCAGGGAAGAGGGGCAAGAUGGGUAGGCCGGGGUUUCCAGGGGACUUUGGGGAGAGAGGACCACCUGGACCAGAUGGAGAGCCAGGUGACAUGGGAGCCCCUGGUCCAAACGGAGUUCCUGGACUUAUUGGUGAUAUGGGACCUGUGGGAGAGAUGGGCCUUCCAGGGCCUAAUGGACUGAAGGGGGUGCCUGGAAAUCAAGGAGAACCAGGACUGAAAGGUGAUAAGGGUGACGUUGGGAUUCCUGGAGAGCAAGGAGAGAUCGGGUACAAAGGAGACAAGGGCAUCCAGGGGGCUCCAGGGUUACCAGGCAUUCGUGGGAAACCAGGACCUCAGGGCAAGCUAGGAGAGAGAGGCCCUGAUGGUGCACCCGGACCUCCAGGCCCUGAGGGUUUCCCUGGUGACAUGGGACCACCAGGAGAGAACGGCCUUGAAGGACCAAAGGGAAAGCCAGGGGCCAGAGGUUUACCGGGGCCUCGAGGGGUGCCUGGCUUGGAGGGAGAUGAAGGCCCGAUCGGACCACCAGGCCCAACAGGACUCGAGGGUAGAAUGGGCAGAAAAGGAUUUCCUGGGAAGGUUGGGCCAGAGGGAGUUAAGGGGGAGCCUGGUGUCACAGGAAAAGUUGGCUCCAUGGGAGAAAGAGGCUUGGUGGGUUUCAUCGGACCUGUGGGAGAGGAAGGGCUGGCAGGAGAGAAGGGGGAUCGAGGGGAGAUGGGCCUUCCCGGACCACCUGGAGAAAAGGGAUCAACGGGUCACCCAGGGACACCAGGGGAGACCGGGCCUACAGGACCACCAGGAAGACCAGGCCCCCCUGGAGCGACUGGGCCAGCCGGUACCAGAGGACCCAAAGGCUUGCGGGGAGCGAUAGGGCCUGACGGUCCAACAGGAGAGAUGGGGUUAGAGGGCAAGAAGGGUCUUGAUGGUCCUCCAGGAAAAAUAGGUUUCCCUGGACCACAGGGGAAGAUGGGACAGGAAGGGGAAACUGGGCCUAAAGGUUUUCCUGGUAUUCAAGGGCCCUCAGGACCUCCAGGGGACAAGGGAAUAGCGGGCGAGCCGGGACCACCUGGGCCACCAGGGACUGUGGGACUGUUGGGAGAAAUAGGUCAAAAGGGUCCUCCAGGCAAGGUGGGGGAACCAGGACUGCCAGGCGAGCCCGGGGAGAAGGGAGCCAUUGGAGCUGCUGGGAACAUCGGAGAGCAGGGGCUGAUAGGACAACGGGGAGAGCCAGGCCUAGAGGGAGAAGCUGGUCCAGCUGGUCCUGAUGGAACCAAGGGUGAAAAGGGUGACAUGGGUCAGGAGGGCGACAAAGGAGAAAAAGGUGAAAUUGGACUAAAGGGAAAGGAGGGCCCACCUGGAAGUCCUGGACUCAAUGGCGUCAGAGGUCCAGAGGGGAAACCUGGCAAAAUUGGGGAAAGAGGCAAACCAGGGUCAAAGGGUGCUAAAGGUCAUCAAGGUCACCUUGGGGAGACUGGACCAGUGGGGAAGACAGGACCACCGGGUUUUGUUGGGCCGAAGGGGUCCAGAGGAACUAUUGGACACGUGGGAGCUCCUGGUCGAAUGGGUCAACAGGGAGAACCUGGUCUUGCAGGUUAUGAGGGCCAUCAGGGACCACAGGGCCCCAUGGGGUCUCCAGGACCAAAAGGUGAAAAGGGCGAGCAGGGGGAUGAUGGGAAAGUAGAGGGUCCUCCUGGUCCUCCAGGUGACAUAGGUCCUCCAGGUGACAGAGGAGAGAGAGGGGAAUCAGGAGAUCCGGGGUACAAAGGUCAAAUUGGUGUGGAUGGAGAGAGAGGCAGACCUGGAGCUCCUGGACAACCUGGACAUCCUGGACCUCGCGGGCAACAAGGACACAAAGGGGCCAAAGGAGAUCAAGGUCAGAAAGGCAAAAAGGGUCAGACUGGACAAAAAGGAACCAGAGGAACAGAGGGAGGGGGUGGUCUUUCCGGUCCCAGAGGUGUGGUGGGUCGAGAGGGGCAGGAGGGUGUGCCCGGAGUGGAUGGAGUCCCAGGGAAGGAUGGCUUUAAAGGCAUGCCGGGAGAGCAUGGUGAUGAUGGGGAGGCUGGUCUUCCUGGCAAAGCUGGCUCACGUGGUAAAACUGGUGUUCCAGGACUCCCAGGAGAUCAGGGUGGCAUUGGACCAAAGGGUGAGCAGGGUCUUCGAGGCCAGAAUGGACCUCUAGGGAAAAGAGGCUUUAGAGGUGGAAUGGGGCUGCCAGGGCCGCAGGGAGACCAAGGACCUAAAGGACAACCUGGUGAUACAGGGGAACCAGGUUUUCCAGGAAUUCUGGGAGUUUUUGGACCAAGGGGGCCUCCAGGUGACUUUGGGCCAAAGGGCAUACGGGGACCAAAGGGGCCGCAGGGCACAAUGGGCAGAGGAGGAGUAGUUGGCCCUAUGGGAAUUAUUGGUCCCAAUGGAAGCGCAGGUCCUAGAGGAGAGAAGGGUAAUCGCGGAGAGACUGGAUUGCAAGGACCAAGGGGAUCUCCUGGACCUCGUGGACCCCCUGGACUUCCAGGUCCCCCGGGUGUCCCGCUAUCAUUUAAAGAAGACGGUCUCAUGUUUGUGGAGUCACACACCUCCCUCAGGACUGAGAAUAGGCCAGUGAUGGACCUGCCGAUGUUGGACCAGGGCGCAGAGAUCUUUAAGACCCUCCACUACCUCAGUAACCUGAUCCAGAGCCUGAAGAACCCACUGGGCACUCGGGACAACCCAGCCCGCAUCUGCAGGGACCUGCACAGCUGUGAACAGAGGUUAAACGAUGGCACUUAUUGGAUUGACCCGAACCUGGGCUGUUCAUCAGAUACAGUAGAAGUCUCCUGCAACUUUACUGGAGGUGGACAGACUUGUCUGAAACCAAUAACAGUAUCCAAGCCAACAAUCAGUGUCGGUCGUGUCCAGAUGAACUUCCUGCAGCUGCUGAGCUCAGAGGCUGUGCAGCACAUCAUCAUCCACUGCCUGAACAUCUCGGUGUGGAGGUCAGCUGAGGAUCAGCCGGCUGCCCAAGGGUCUGUGAGAUUCAAGGCGUGGAGUGGGGAGGUGUUUGAGGUGGGAGGAGACCUUGAGCCAGAAGUCAUAGAAGACUCCUGCUGGAUAAAAGAUGGUCGCUGGCACCAGACCCAUUUUGUGUUCCACUCCCUGGACCCCACCCUGCUCCCUGUGGUUGACAUCUACAAUCUCCCGAACACGACUCCUGGCUCACAUUACCACCUAGAAGUAGGUCCUGUGUGCUUCCUGUGAGGGCUGCAGUGUAAGUUCUCUGAGCAUGGAGGGAUGGAUCAUCACCCCUGGAAUUACACCUUCAUGCAGACGUGGAGAUCGGAGCUGUCUCCUCAAAUCCAAACUGCCCAAGAGAGAACAAGCCUCCCUCCCCCAAACAGAUCCUGCUUCACUCUGCCAAACUCCCAUUGGACUGCAGACACAGAGGGAGGAAGCACGGAAAGCUGGGGGGGACCAAAAAGAGCUGAGGAGGAGCAGGGGAGUUCUUGCACUAAUAGCUUCUCAAUAUGGCAAAAAGCUUCUUGAAGCUCUUCAAGAAGGAUCUCCACAUGUACGCCUGCUUGGAGGAAAAAAAAGGCUCUAUGCCACACAAUCUCUCUGGAACAUUGCUGAGUGAAGGGAGACCAAGGCCAAGUCAAUCAGCGGACAUUAUAGUAACUUAUUUUUGUAACUGUAUACAGUCUGUAUACUGUGUGUACUUUUUUGGAAAUACCAGGAAUUCAAUUCUGUCAGAAGAGAAGAAUUAAAGUAAUUGGGAUCAGUUAAAUGUACAUAUAUAAGUAUGCUUAUUAUUAACUUUUAUACAUGUAUAUCUUAUGUAAAGAAAUAAUCUUCAAGUGCAAUAGAAAAUAAGAAGAUAAUUUGAUAUUUUAAACUUUAUAUGGAAGGAUUUUUCAGGGGUGCCAUUUUAUUUGCCUUUGGUACUCAUCUCCUUGUGAAUCUUGCCCGUGUGAAUUUGUUUUUCCAGAGGCAGGCUCAUUUGCUUAAAUUGAGCAGAAAUCACAUCUGUAUUCACUAAUGCUCCAAAUGGGCGAUUUCAGUUUCCCUUCCAAAUGUGGAGAAACCAGUGGCAUCCACUCAGCUCGCAGUAAGUUACAUCUGAAGCCACAAGCUAAUGCACACAAACCAUCCACAAGGAGAGAGUCAGUGCAUUAAAUAUUAAUUGCUAUACUAAUUAAUUCAUACACUAUUGAACCGGAUGCCACUGAUGAUUAGGGAGAUUAUAUGUGGUUGUGGAGAUUAAAGGUCAGAGGAAAAAUAUGUCCAAGAGCAUGGAGCUCUAGUUCUCAAUAGUGUUUUAUUAAUUUCUCUGCAACUGUGGAGGGUGAAAUCAGGCUUAUAAUUUCCUUACGUAAAUAUUAAAAAAAAAAAAAAAAAAAUAGGAGGGUAGAUGUUAUUAUAUACUCAGCAUCACAUGGGGCCAGGAGUCUCUCCUUCUAACUGACUUACACAAGACAGACUAUAGAUACAGGCAAUCCUUAGAGGAGACUGAGCCACAGGAGAGAGAAGAGUGGGUCCAGGAAUCGAAAUAAAACCCCUAUCUUUAACCCCACCCUCUCUCUAAUGCAUGGUGCUAAGUAAAUUAUCUAAGGUGCUAACCAUAGUGCUGUAAUUACACCACUUUGCUAAAAUAUUCUGAUGUUUUUUGUGCAUGCUUGCUUAGAUUAAUAAAAAAAAGUCCAUAUAAUAUAUUGCCAUAGCUUCCAUAAUGCACUAUAAUGGUAAUAUCCCAUCCAAAACUACAUAGUUCCCUAAUAGUCACCCAUCUGUUGUUUAUUCAAAACUGUUUUUUUUUUUGUUUUUUUUUUUCAAUGCUGCAAUUACAAGAAAUGCUUCUUCUGAGGGAAAAUAUUUUAGAGAUAGCUAUAAAAACUAAAAACAGAUUCUCCUUUUAUAUCCAAUAUAAAUCACAGGGUUUGAAGUAUUUUUAAAGAAUAAAGUUCUUAUUCUCUGUACAAAGCCACCCCCCCCCACCCCCCCACAGCUGUAUGUAAUAUUUUUAGAAACACAACUAGUGGAGAUAGUUUUGAUUAAAUAAAAGUUUCUUGUUGUAGCUGGACACAAGUGUGUAUAAUUGUGCAAACCUUGCUGUAUACAGUGGAUCCCCUCUUGCUAAUUUAAUGUUAUUUAAUGUUGUUAACGUGGUUGCCAACUGAGCAAAUUUCUGUUGGUUGAAGCAAUACUACUCUUUCUGACAUCUUUAUAUAUCAGUUUGCCCAACUGGUCUUGGAGUUUAUAGAUUUUUUAUGUGUAAAUUUGGGGCUCCAGAGAACAAAUUUAUUGCAAUGUUAAUUAUCUUUUAUUUUUUUAAUUUUGUUAUUUUGCUUUAUGUUGUUUUUCCUCUAUGAUAAUCAGCCAUGUACUGUACCAGGACUCUGUGCUAUACUAUAACUUGUGUUUUAAGGAAUUAUGCAAAUAUGUGAAAAUUGUUUCUUCUUUUUUGUAAAUCUGUUGUAGACAUUAAAACGAGAUAAGAAUACCUCACAUUUUUACACAUCACUUGGAGCAAAGAUUUUCUAUUGCAUUUAUAAUUAAAAACAUCUUUGGAAUUAUCAGCCAAAUACAACAGUCAUCAAACUCUAAACAAGACCAUAUCUGGUGCCUACAUCCUUUAUCUGUUUACUUUUUAUUCAUUGUUCAGUGUCCAUUUGUUCAAUAAAUACUUUCAAUUUG